AUGACUCGUGCAGGACCUUGCUUAAUCAUAACCUUUACUCUACUGGCAUUUUUAGUAGUGCUUGCUAGUUUCAUCACGGUCAACUUUAAUCAAAAACCUGAACAGGAUAUCUCACUUCGCACCGGUUAUCCAUUAUGGCACCCUCCGAUUGAAGGUUAUGAUCAACAAAUAAUCGAUGCUGUAAGUAUUUUCACCACCUUGGUGACUUCUCUGAGUGGUUAUUACAUCAUGAAAUGGUUGUCGGAACCAGCUGGCAAAAAGUACACCACGAUUUUCGUUUUGGAUGACUACAAAACAGUUACGACCGAGGAAUUCAAUUAUUUCUUGGGCAUCUAUGCUUUACUCACUGCUCUUCCCACAUUCUUUAUCAUCUGGUUCGAUGUGGGAAAAUUAUGGAGCGCCAUCGGUAUAUUUCACAAUGUUUCUGAAGUCAUAAUAAUGUUGGCAAUGCAUCAAGGUGGAAGGAUUAUUUCGAGUGCAUCCAUAGGAUGGUUGAUAUUAUACGCGAUCUUUGCCAGCACUCUUAGCCUGGCUCUCAGUUGGCCUCUGGAUGCGGUAUGGUUUAAAAUGCAAGGACUUUGUUCCGACUUCGCCAUUUGCAUCCAGUUCACACGAACAUAUUUCGCCACAAAAGCUCAGAUGCGAACAGAUGCCGCGGAAAGAGAUCCUAUUCACAGUGAGGAAAUGUCGACCGAAGAACGAAAUAGUCGACACGAUCCGAUCGUCUAUUUCCCACAUCAACUCUUGUUAUUAAUUUUGGCGUCAUUAGUUCACAUUGUUGGCAAUUCCAUAACGACUUUCUACGUUUCCCAAUUCACGUAUUCCCUGUUCAUCGCAUCACAGAGCGUCGUAUUCACAACCUAUGCAUAUUAUGUUUACCUGGACACUCGCGCAAAAUCCGUUUCCCCACAAAGGGUUAUUCACUUACCCGACACUGCCGGCUGGAAAGUUGCUACCGUGACAAUUUCUUCCAUUACACUUUCACUCUUGGUCACCCGAAUCGCUUUUGCAAUAGCUAGCAGCAACUAA